AUGGCAGCAGCAAGGCGUGCGCUGCGCCUUGCUCUGGGCUGCGUGCUCGACGCCUCGGAGGGGUUCGAGGCGCGGCUCCGAGCCCGGGCGGCGGUUGCCUCGGCUACUGGCACGGCGACCCUGGACGAGACAAAUCGAAGUGAGCUCCAAGGUCAUUUCUCGGCCGAGCUCGGUGAGCUGCUGGCGGCCGCGCUGCCGAGGCUUGCCGCAAUUGCCACUGCCGCCGAGACCGUUGCUGGGGAGGCUGCGCGGCAUCUUCGGUGUGUGCUUGAAGCCUGGGAAUCCGUCAUGAUGUGCAAGACGCAGAUUACGGAUCUCUACAUGGAUAACGACGAGCUGUCAGCGAGACGGCAACAAGAGCUCUUGGAGGAGGCGGCCCAACUUCUAGACCGUUCGGAGGGCGCUGUGGACGUGGCCGAAACCGAUCUGGCUUCCGUUUGCACCUUCCUGAAAGAUGCGUCAAAGUGCCAGUCGCCGGAGGCGGAGGGGCCGCUGAAAACCAUCCUCCUCUACUUGCGCCGGCAUGCUUCCGGGACCGCUGCUCGUCUUUUGGCCGCAGCGGGCGGCGACGCUGCCCAGGCACAGCGGGCGGCGCGGCGGAUUCAGCGCGCCUGGAAGCGCUACCAAGAACGUUCGGCGCCAGAGCCGCUAAGCCCAUUGGGCCUCGGUCGGACGCCGAAAUGCCUGGGUCCCGGGCGCACUGUUCGUGACAGCAGAAGUUGUGGUAGGACCUCCUGGCGGUGGUCUCGCUGUGAAAGGGUCUCUUGCUUCCUGCCGGGAGCGACUGCACGGACGCCGGGAGCCCUCAGCAUCCACCUGCUUCGGCAGGGCUCGGAGCUCCUGGCGCAACUCCCCGAGAUGCCUCCCAUGGAUGCGGUCACGCAGUUCCAGCGCAACUGCAUGGCUUUGGAUUCGGCAAUGGUACCCGUCUCUGGCGCCGCGGCGGUGGCCUUUUGGCUGAACGUCAGGAACCUCGUGGUUGUCCUUGCUUUGCUGCAGCAGGCGGCAAGGCCUGGGGGGAAUCUUCCCUCUUCCGCGGAGGAGUGGGCGACCUGUUUGGGCUGCGCCUCCCUGUUCGUGAUGGGCCGGCCGCUCUCGGCUCAGGACAUCGACCACCAUGUCCUUGGCUUGGGCUCGCACUCUCCGCUUGCCAUGGGGUCAAGGCAGAGCCUCAGGAGUUUGCGGGGCGAGCAGUGCAGCGUUGCCGGCCAUGUUCAAGGCCUCAUGCCUUGGCCCGUCUUCGGCCUCUGGCUACCGGUUUGCUUCGGCCUCCCCGAGCUCCGCGCUUUCGAGUCGGAGAUCCUUCUGGCUCAGCUGCGCUCCAGUGCUGAGCGCCUCGUUGAUCGCUGCAAAUGUGUGGCAGAGGCCCCGCAAAAGGCGGGGUACCCGUGCAGCAACAUGCUGCGCCUGCCGCCCAUUCUGCGGCUGUCCUGCGCCGUCUGGCAGCCCCUCCUGAAAUGCCGGGGCUCCCAUGCGCUGUCCACUGAGCUUUGCGAGAUUGAUUGGAAGUUUGCGCCCACGAGCACACAAAUCCACUCAUCGGAUGCCUAG